UUUGUGCAAUACUGUAUACAAUGGUCUAGCAUUGCACUGGUGUACUACGACUACGCCCUUACGUUCCCGCUCGAGGUGAAGCACAUCUGGCAGAGCAGAUUCCGCUUCUCGACCAUCCUCUACAUCUGCUGCCGCUAUGCCCUCAUCGCCAACGUGAUCUACCUUCUCGCCAUCGCUGGGUUAAUCGACGGUUGCAAUGUGUGGUAUAAAGUCGUUGGGUUUCUGAGCGUAGCCGGAAGGGCGUCUGUGCUGACUAUCUUUACCGCGAGGACGUGGGCGGUCUGGGCGAGAAGCAAACCCAUACUCGUUUCAUUGGGCUCGAUCGCGCUUGCUUGCGUGGCUAUGGAUCUGGUGAAUACUUGGUUUCUUCACGUGCGAGCGGCACCUCACGUCUGA